AGUUUGUGUUGCACUCGUUGCAGUAGGAGGGUCCAUGUGCACAGAAUGACGUCGCUCUGACUGCAAGUCUCUGACCGACUCCUUCGUUUGUUUUUAUUACUCUUUUUUAUCUAGGGCCCAGAAUCUGUAAUCUGCAAAAUUACGGCCAUAAUGUGAGAUCAUCUGCCGCUGUCGUCCGACCCGUCGCUGCCGUUCGUCCUGUCAGGAGCAGCGGCUCGCUGUUGAGGAUUACUAGUGAUAAUACGCAGUAGACUUCUCCACUGUGUCUAGCUGUCAAACUGUAUACUAUGUAUUGGAAAGAGUAGACAGAACACAUUUGUUGAUAUUUAUUGACUUUUGCUUUGCGUAUCUUUUUUUGUCCUCUGGAUUAUCGCUGCCCAGCAACACAGCCACCUGACAACUCUGAAUGUCGUAAUUAAGGUGAAUCAAUGAGCCAGCAAUGGAGACCAAAAGAUACCAAAGUUUCUUUGAUGGAAGCGAUACAGAGAACAGAUGGUCUCAGGUCCCCAGCACCAUGGAGUACUGCUGCAGUACAGAAGAUUCAAGUCUGACUAACAAUGAUAUCCUGAUGGACAUAGUCAAUGUCAGCUGCCCUGCUGGAAGCCCGGCCACCGACUGCAAAGACAACAAUACAAAGAAGCAGGAGCAGCCAAUGCUUCGGCUCAGCCAGAACCAGCCAUUUGUUCUCCCACACUUCAACAACUCUCUCCAUGGUCAUAAGCAGGAAAUGGACUCCAAGGAGCUUUCCAAGACUGUGGCUGAGUCUAUGGGUCUGUAUAUGAAUGCAGCCAGAGAGGCAGACUUUGCCUUUAGCCAGCAUGGGGGCAGUACCAGCCCUGGGAAGAUGUAUCCAGUGUGUGGACGGGCUCUAGAGGAGACUCAGUGUGGUUCCACAAAGAGCCCCAAGUUAAAGCAGUUUAGUUUCCAGCAGUCCAGCACCACUCCCAGAGAAUGCACCACUGGGACUCCAGUUAGCUCAGCAUCUAUGCUGGCCUCAUCUCUGUCCUGCAGCCCCCAGACCUCCAGCUCCAUCUCCAGCCCUGGGGGCAGCAACAAUAUGGUGUCGUCAACCACCAGUCCUCCUACGUGCUUUGGACCAGUGUGCUCCUCCGUCAGCAGUCCUGCCAGCCAGACGUCUUGUGCUGCAACUCUGGCCAACAUCAAGCGCAGGAAUUCAGCCACAUGUAGCCCUGUAGAGUCCACCACAGUGGGCUCACCACCACUCACCAGCCCUCUCAAUAUCAUGAGGUCCCCCAUGUCUAGCCCUCACAGUAUGAGUAGUGUGAGAUCGCCUCCGUCCUGCAGCACUACAUGUAACAUUAGGUCAUCUGUCUCGAGCCCCACAGGUGGCAGCUGCACCAGCACCGCCAAUAACUGCAGCACAGUAAGGCCCUCCAUCUCCAGUCCAGCCACAGGGGGCACUAUGGCCGUCAGCAGCCCACAGAACCCAUCCUCUGGUGGGUUUCCCGUUUCCAGUCCUGCUGGUGGACUUGGUUUGGUGCAGAAUGACACCAACAGCCCAGAAGCAACAGGUCUGACCAGAGACACAGACUUCAAGAACUUUGAGUUCCCUAAAGUAGAGAUGGUAGACGGGGAGGUGUUCAAUGUCGGCUUAGACCAGAUGGGCAUGGUUAAGUACAUUAAGAACGAACCUGGGACUGACUUCAGGAGCAUGUGUUUAGGUAGCUCCAAAUGUAAUGUGAGUAGCACACCCUUUAUCACACAGAUUAAGAGUGAGCCAAACAAAAAUGAGGGAUGUAUGAAUCAACAGCCCUAUGUUGAGCAGUCACCGUCUCUUGGUCUCUUCCCUGCGUCUGAGACCACCUAUUUGUCCCUAAGGAAUAACAUUGAUGAAUACAGUCUUUCUGGUAUCUUAGGACCCCCUGCCUCCUCUAUGAAUGGGAACUAUGAGCCCGAUGUGUUCUCCAACAAUGUCCUGUCUAAAGGGGUUAAGCAGGAGUCCACUGAUGGCAGCUAUUACCAAGAGAAUAACAGCAUGCCCACAUCUGCCAUUGUUGGAGUUAAUUCCGGUGGACACUCAUUCCAUUACCAGAUUGGAGCCCAAGGAACAAUGUCUUUCACGCGGCAUGAUGUGAGGGACCAGUCCAACCCCUUGUUGAAUCUAAUUUCGCCCGUAACGGCGUUAAUGGAGUCGUGGAAAUCUCGGCCAGGCAUGUCAGCCAGAGGUGAAGCUUACGUGGGUCAAAACUGCAUCACGGACAGCAUGUCAAGCUCGCCACUGAGACAACCGUCCUCGACAGUGAAAGUGUGCCUGGUUUGCGGAGACGAGGCAUCAGGAUGCCACUACGGUGUCGUGACAUGUGGAAGCUGCAAAGUCUUCUUCAAAAGAGCUGUGGAAGGUCAGCACAACUACCUGUGUGCCGGGAGAAAUGACUGUAUCAUUGACAAGAUCCGAAGGAAAAACUGUCCAGCAUGUCGUGUACGGAAGUGUCUCCAGGCCGGGAUGAACCUCGGAGCACGAAAGUCUAAAAAGUUAGGAAAGCUGAAGGGAGUCAGCGAGGACCUGCAGGGCUCUAAGGACGGCCAAACUGCCACAGGUGGCGUUGGAGGCGGUUACCUGUCCUCGGAGAAGGAGCUGAAUGCCAGUGCUGCCAAUGCCCUGGUGCCCCAUGGGCCCGGGGUGGUCACACCUUUUCUGCCGCCCUCCAUCUGCAGUGUGUUGGAGCUCAUUGAGCCUGAAGAGGUGUACUCUGGCUAUGACAACACGCAGCCUGACACCACUGACCACCUGCUGUCCAGUCUCAACCGCCUGGCCGGAAAGCAGAUGGUACGCAUGGUGAAGUGGGCCAAAGUACUUCCAGGUUUCCGAGGCCUGCCCAUUGAGGACCAAAUCACCCUGAUCCAGUACUCAUGGAUGUGUCUGUCCUCGUUUUGCCUCAGCUGGCGCUCCUACAAACACACCAAUGGACAGAUGCUCUACUUUGCCCCUGACCUCAUCUUUAACGAGGACCGCAUGCAGCAGUCAGCCAUGUACGACCUGUGUCUGGGCAUGAGGCAGGUGAGCCAGGAGUUUGUACGAUUGCAGCUAACCUACGACGAGUUCCUCUCCAUGAAGGUCCUUCUGCUUCUCAGCACAGUUCCAAAAGAGGGUCUGAAGAACCAGGCAGCGUUCGAGGAGAUGAGGGUUAAUUACAUUAAGGAGCUCCGGCGUUCAGUGGGAAAAGCAACCAACAACUCUGGCCAAACCUGGCAGCGCUUCUUCCAGCUCACCAAGCUACUGGACGCCAUGCAUGAUCUGGUUGGGAACCUGUUGGACUUCUGUUUCUACACCUUUCGUGAGUCUCAGGCCCUGAAGGUGGAGUUCCCUGAAAUGUUGGUGGAGAUCAUCAGUGACCAGAUACCAAAGGUGGAGUCAGGCCUCACUCAUACAAUCUACUUCCACAAGAAGUGACUCACUAAACAGUUGGGACAGAAGCGGCAUUAAGAACUGGAAGAGGGGAAGAAAAAGUUCAAAGAAGAGAAAAUGUGCAAGGAAGGCCUGACCAGUUGGCCUGCACCCUGUCGCCCAGUAUGCCAGCAUCCUCGUCUCGGAUGGGAAAGUUAAGUGACGUGGUGGCAGAAGUAAAAGAAAGGGGAGAAGGAUUUGACCCUGCCAGUUACCACAAGCAGGUCAGAGCUGUGAAUAGUGGUGGAGCCAGCGUGACACGCAGAGAAGCACUUGUGACAAAUGUGACAAAGCAUCCUGAAGUACCCCCCGUGCCCUCCCCCGCCCCAAAGACGAUAACAGUAUUUUCUAUGGAGAUAAAGCCAUACAUUUCUUAGGAUGCGCUAGAUACAUUCACUACACACACGCGGACACACACACAGACACAUACAAACACGUAGAGGGAAAUUGAUACACAUGCUGUCCACACGCCUUCACACAAACGCACAGAUGCACUCCACAUGCACUAAAAUCAGAUUCCCUUACAAAUCUAGAGAAAAAGUUUUUGCAAAUAUUAACUGUGGCUUAUGCAGUCUUUCACAAACAAUAGCACUACGUAAAAAAAUAUAUGCCAAUACUUAGAUUUUGCUUUGCAGUGUAGCAACAUACUGCAAGACUACAGGGCAAAGAACAUUGUAUGAGGAGGCACAGAAAUUACAGACUGUAAGGCGAAAGGUCUAUUUGAUUAUAUUCCAAGGGCUAUACAAGCAUCAUCAUAAGCUGAAUAAUUACAUUAAAUCUAACAAGUCCAAGUUUAAAUCUCAAUCGGUGUCAUAACAGCCAUCAUUUAACAUUCACAUACUGAGUUUUUUAAUUAAGAUAUGUAGUAAAACAAUCAAAACUAAUAUGCAAAAGUCCAAAGCUAAAUCUGUUUUGAAAUAGAAAUGUCUCUCUUGUGUAAAAGAAAACUUGCACGUGAAGCUCCCAUGUCAUAAAGUCACUAUUUUAGGCAUUGUGGUGUAGAAUUAAAACAAUAUUGACAAGCAGUUUUACCUUUGUGCAAAGAUGGUCAGGAGUGCUGCAGGAUGGAAAACAUCACGCAUUUAAGGAAAUGAUUUCAGUAGAGUCCGCUGGUAAUGGAUUUGACUGAGGUGCAUCCAUUGUAAUUGCUGUCAUUUGUGUUAUCUCCAGAGCAGCUGUCCAAAUGUCUGUUUUUACUCACAAUAAAGCAAAACCAGCCCUUUGUGAAUCAACACUUAUCUACUCUUCCCAGAAAUAAUAAAAAGCAUUUUAUAAAAGUGUGUUGCAAAGGUUUAGUUUUUGACAAGCCAGUCAUUUUACAUUAAGGUGCUUCAUUUCUACAAAGCCAGGCAAAACAUAACAUGUACAGUAACUCGUAGACAGUCCAUACAAUACACUAUUAUGGACACACAGUUUAAACACACAUACUCUGUAAAGUUGAUAUAAUCCAAGAUGGAGCAUUACUCUGCAGUGCUUACGGCAAAAUGGCUAAUGUAUCAAAACCAGGCAAAUGUGUACAGGUAUUAACAACUUCUUAAACACAUUCUAUUCAGCUGUUGUACAGAAGAUGUUUUGAGGUACAUGUUGAUAAAUGCUCGAUGAAGAACUGUUGGUAUGAUCACCUUCCCUAAUUUAGUUUAAUUCCUUUCUUUUAUCUUCGGGCCAAGUACUACUAUUUUAGGUAUGGUAGGCCCAGUGAUCUGGAUCAUUAACUUGUCUCACACCCCACUGGUUUCUGGGUGGCUGUGGAACACUACUAUGAUGCUACUGAAAAGCGAUAGAGCCGCUGGGGAAGAAAAACAGUGGGGGUGUGUGAUUUUUUUAUUUUUAUUUUUUGUGCCCUGUGAGCAUGUAUUUACAUGAGUAUGGAGCGAGUAUGGCUUAAGUUUGUGUGUGCGCGUGUGUGAGUGAGUGUGUUGUUUUUUUUCCUGGCAAGCAUGUGCAUAGUUGAUCUGCUCUUUUCAGCGUGGGUAUUAUGCAUUUAUGUUAUAGGAUUAGCCAUAUCCUAUUUCCACAUUUAGAUUUGCACAGAGGAGAUACAAUGUGAAAUGAGGCAUUAGUGCAGCUAGCAGGAAUUGUCUGUUUUGAUAAGCAACUGUGAUGAUGCGGGAAAAGACUUUCUGCAUGGUCAACCAGCCUAGAGUUAGACAACAUGACAUCAUUAGCACAGCAGGGUGGUUGUGUACUAUACUUGUGGCCUCAGCUCUUGUAAUGAUGGCACUGUGCUACACUAUGAGGUCUCUUCUGUGGUGGUAACUGUGUGAAGACUGGUGUAUAAAAAAGAUGGAGGUGCCAGGGUCACAACUGUCAUUAGGGACUGUGUAAAAAUUAUGAGGUGGUGGGAGGAGUGUCAGAAAAGGGGGCAGGGGUUGUGAAGUUUUAAUUUUUUCUCAUGGGAGGGUAUUCUAUUUGUUGGGAGGGCAGGACAGGGUAUUUAAACUUUUUCUCAUCCCAAUUAUAUUUUUCAAAUUAAUUCUGGGGGGGGGGGGAAUAUUAAGUUGACACCUGGGCCCGACUCAGUCAUUUAGUGAUUUUUCUAGGCCUAGCUGUUAAGCAGCUCUAAAUUCAAAAUUAAGAGACAUGCUGUAUUUUCAGUUCUUUUAUGCUAACCAUAAACAUAUAAUUUGUGAGAUGCCGAGGGAGGUUAUUUUUCUAAAACGGCAGGGUCUAGAGACAAUAUUAAUAGCACUCUCUACCCCGAUAAUUUUCAUACAGUCUCUUACCAGAAAGGCCUCAUUUUACAAUCCGUCUUUGUCUUGCAUUAUUGUGUUCAAAUUGUGAAGGACCCUUAAGCUAAUCUCUCACUGUUUCUUUAUUUUGCCCCUUUUUUGUCCUUUUUAAGGAAUUAAAAAAAACUGUCUAAAGGUUCAUAGGAUGAAUGGGAAAGUAUUUUUGAGAGAAUUAUAUUUUGCUGGAAAACAAUAUUUAAGUACUUUGUCUAAAAAUGAUAUCCUUUUUGUAAAAUGAAAUGUUAAUGCAUGCUUUUUGAUGAGAUGUUUACAUUGUAUUUAAAAAAGGGAAACUUGUGCCUUUUUAUCUCACCUGAUUUACAAUUUUACAGUAUAUAUUGUAAAUAAUACAGCAAGUCCUUAUGUUGAGUAUAGUAUAAAACAUUUCUACUUUAACCAUCUUGUUAGAAUAUUGGAAAAAUAUGUGUUUCCCACUCGCCCACUCGCCAUUUUCUGUGUUGGAUCACAGAGAAAAAUUUAUAGUAAGGGUUGGCGGCAGAAAGGGCCAAAUAGAGAAAUGAAUGUAUCAUACAUUGUGAGAGACUUAUGGAACUUACUACCUGAAUGUGAGAGAGAGUACAUUUAUUAUCUUCUUAUUAAGUAAAGUUAUUUGAUUUUGAAUUUUUUUUUUUUUUUUUUACUUUUUACAUCAUUGUUCACGUGGCUCAAACAAACAAACAAAAAAAUAAUCAAAAAGUAUUUCUUAUUUUGUAACAAGAUGUAAGUGGAAAUGGAUCCUUGAGUUGUUGCUGUUGAAAUGAUUUCCUAACCCAUGACGGUAUUGUUGAUGAGCACCACAAUAAAAUCAAGAAGUCACAAACUAUUGAAACUGGGAUACAUGAGAGAAAGUUCUUGACUUUUCAGUUUGAAGAUACAAACCUUGUGCACACACAAAAUCAAAUGAAACAACGGAUGUAGAGACUAUCAGGCCUGUAAGCUUAGCCAGUUCAAAUUUGACUGUCUUUGACCUGUUUUUAACUGGACUUGUUUCACUAACUGCCAAAAUAAAUUUCAAUCACAAAAGUACUAAAAUUGUCCCAAAGAACCGUGAUGUAAAAAAUCUGCUACAGGCUAUACAUGGUUAUAAUUGAUGUUAUCAAGCCCCUGUACAAUCCUAUGCCCUCUGGAAAUAUAGGCUUUGACUGUUGGCUAUUUAAUUGUUUUGGCUGUUAAAAAGAGUAGUUCAACAUUUUGGGAAAUACGCCUUUUUGUUUCUCAGAGUUUGAUGAUUGAUACCCAAAUAUGGAACUACAGCCAGGUGACUUUUAGCGUAUCUUUUUAUAAAGAUUGGGAACAGGAAACAGCUAGGACCUGCACAAAGUCUGAUAAGUUGCCUCAAGUGAUGUCACUUGAGUCAGCGUUGCUUGGUGCUGAAGGCGACAGGUCUGAAAAUGUAAAAAAAAAAAAAAAAAUGUGGAGGUGUGGAGUUAGAAAGUAAGCUUACAAAACCUCUGAGGUCCACCCCUCUUCUCUGUUCGAGGCUAGAUUAGCAACUACUAGCAUAACACAAAAACAAAUCUCUUACUGAACUGUUGGUGCUCGGGUUGCAUUGUGGGUAAUGUAGGUGACAUGAUUUGGCAUGGAAGAUGAAUGUGUGGAAUUCUGCUGCACCAAUUUUAUAUUUCUUAAAUUGUCCAUUGUGAGUCCAACAAUUUUAUGAACGUGUAAUACUAAAUUGGCAGACCUCUCUUUUAACAGACAAUUAUAAGAGUGGUAUUGUCCUUCUUAUCUAACUUUAAACAAAAAGUGAAUACCGGUAAUUUCCCAAAAUGCUGAACAGUUUAUUUAAUGGUCAUCAAUCACCACCUACUGCAAACAAUGAAUAAAAACCUUUCUGCUA